UAUACCAUAAUUGAAGGACAAUGAUGGAAGAGAGUGGAAUAGAGACGACACCACCUGGCACUCCUCCACCAAAUCCUGCAGGACUGGCUGCUACUGUUAUGUCUUCUACACCAGUUCCUUUAGCUGCAACCAGUUCUUUUUCUUCUCCAAAUGUAUCCUCUGUGCAGUCCUUGCCACCCCAUACAUAUUCUACUCCUCAGCCGUCCCUUCCUCCUGUGAAGCCUUCAGCACCAUUACCUUUUGUGUCUCCUUCACCAGUUCCCUCUGUUCCACCACUUGUUACUUCUAUACCACCUUCUGUUUCUCCAUCAACUGCUACUGUCUUCAACAGUCCUCCUUUAUCUCACUUCCCACCUUCAACUUCUAUCCCAAGCACUCUUUUAUCUACUUCCUCUUCAAGUCCUCCUACAUCAGGAUUUUCUGUUGGUUCAACUUACGACAUUACAAGAGGUCAUGCAGGAAGAGCUCCCCAGACACCCCUGAUGCCAUCAUUUUCUGCACCUACAGUAACAGGUAUUUUGCCAACUCCUAUUACUCAGCAAGCCACCAUAACAUCUCUGGUGCAGGGAACUGGUAACACAUCAGCCAUUACUUUCCCAGAGGAACAAGAAGAUCCCAGGAUUGGUAGAGGUCAGGAUGAAGCAUCUGCUGGUGGAAUCUGGGGUUUUAUUAAGGGUGUGGCUGGGAAUCCUAUGGUGAAAUCUGUGCUUGAUAAAACCAAACAUUCGGUAGAAAGCAUGAUUACAACGCUGGAUCCUGGCAUGGCUCCAUAUAUCAAAUCUGGAGGUGAACUGGAUAUUGUAGUGACCUCAAAUAAGGAAGUAAAAGUUGCUGCUGUCCGAGAUGCCUUCCAGGAGGUCUUUGGCUUAGCUGUGGUGGUUGGGGAGGCUGGACAGUCCAACAUUGCACCACAACCGGUGGGCUAUGCAGCUGGAUUAAAAGGAGCCCAAGAACGGAUAGAUAGCUUACGUCGAACUGGAGUGAUUCAUGAAAAACAAACCGCUGUGUCAGUAGAAAACUUCAUUGCAGAAUUGCUACCUGACAAGUGGUUUGACAUUGGUUGUUUGAUAGUUGAAGAUCCUGCCCAUGGUGUUCAUCUAGAAACAUUUACACAAGCCACACCUGUGCCUUUGGAAUUUGUACAACAGGCUCAAAAUCUGACUCCUCAGGACUACAAUUUAAGGUGGUCAGGCCUUUUGGUAACAGUGGGUGAAGUCCUGGAAAAGAGUUUACUAAACGUCAGCCGGACUGAUUGGCACAUGGCUUUUACGGGCAUGUCUCGUCGACAGAUGAUCUACAGUGCAGCCAAAGCAAUAGCAGGCAUGUAUAAGCAGCGCCUCCCACCUAGGAACGUGUGAGAGAAGACUGGUGUAGGAUACUGGGACUUCUCCUCUCAUAGCUUGUUGUAAAGGAAGAUUUUGUACUUUCUUUAAAUUGAGUAGCUUCAGUGAAUCUAGCAGUUUUUAUCAUUUUCCUGUAGGUUGUAAUUUUGGUUUUUCUAGAAAGGAUGGUGUCAUUCCAACAGAUGAAAAGGAACAGAUCCUUUUUAAGAUCAUAUAAUUUCGUAUACGAUAGUUCUCAAGAAAAUAUAUAAAUAUAUUUAUAGAAUAAUUUGAUAUAUCCAGUUUAUAAGGUGAAAAGUCAUGGGGUAAGACACUUAAAUUAAUGCUAUAUACUUGAUUAUUUUGUUUUUUAGAGAAGACAUAAUUAAAAGAUAUGUUUACUGAAUAUUCUUUUAAAGCA